UAUUUUAACUUAGGCUUUUCCCGUGAUGAUCACCACCGAAAUCACUGACCAGUCCACCACCUCUGAUCUCCAUAGCACCCCAUACUGUGCAACAGUACGCCACAUCUGUGCCUGCUUGGGAUGGGAGAGGAGGGGCCGCGACUUCCUCCAGGCAAGAAAGCAGGCGCAGCAUGAAGACUUUUUUUUUUUUUUUUUUCUUUAAGACACAGUCUCAAGCUGUCGCCCUGGGUAGAGUGCCGUGGCCUUACAGCUCACAGCAACUUCAAACUCUUGGGCUUAAGCGAUUCUCUUGCCUCAGCCUCCCAAGUAGCUAGGACUACAGGCAGCAUGAGGAAGACUGACGUGGCUUGCCUUUCCAACAACUGCGGUAAGAGCGCGCGCGUGUGCGCGCGCACACCCACCCCCAGAAAAAAAAAAAAAAAAAACAAAACACUUCCGGGAAACUGAAGCCACGCUUUCCGGACUGCAAAAUGGAGGCUACCAGUGGAACUGAUGAGCCGGUUUCCAGGGAGCUGAUGUCUGUGGCACAUGCUCUGUCUCUCUCAGCAGAAUCUUAUGGCAACGAUCCGGAUAUUGAGAUGGCUUGGGCCGUGAGAGCAAUGCAACAUGCUGAAGUCUACUACAAGCUGAUUUCAUCAGUUGACCCACAAUUCCUGAAACUCACCAAAGUGGAUGACCAGAUCUAUUCUGAAUUCCGGAAAAAUUUUGAGAAACUCAGGAUAGAUAUAUUGGACCCAGAAGAACUCAAAUCAGAAUCAGCCAAAGAGAAAUGGAGGCCAUUCUGCUUGAAGUUUGAUGGGAUCGUAGAAGAUUUCAACUAUGGUACUUUGCUGCGACUAGACUGUUCUCAGGGCUACACUGAGGAAAACACCAUCUUUGCCCCCAGGAUACAAUUUUUUGCUAUUGAAAUUGCUCGGAACCGGGAAGGCUAUAACAAAGCAGUUUUCAUCAGUGUUCAGGACAAAGAAGGAGAGAAUGAAGCCAACAAUGGAGGAGAGAAAGGAGCUGACAAUGGAGGAAAAAAGGAAAGAGUCAACAGAGAAGGAGAAAAAGCUGACAAAGACAGCAACAAAACUGGUGAAACAGCUAUGUAAGGUAGAUAGUAAGUAGCACUCUAGAAGCUACGACUCAGCUGAGCCUACGAGUACCAUGGUGCUUUUUGCACAAACUGUUUUGGUUGAAUAUACAAUCGAAGGACCCUCAAAAGGAUGUCUUUCUAGUCUGAUAAUCAGGAGUUGCUUUGGUAAUUUACUUACUGGCUUAAAAACUAUUAUUGGGGUCUUAGUUAAUUAUUUUAUGGUGUGUUCUUUUUUUGGCUGUCACCACUGGUCAAGUCAGAAAGUUUGUAAAUAAAUUCUUUUGGCUCUUA